AUGUCGAGUGUUGGAGCGGCAUAUAUUACUAAACAACCACGUGAUGUUGAAAUUCAUAAUACUUUUGCUUUAAUGGGAAAUGAACAUUUCAUACGUAGUUGGGCAACGACAGAAGGAACUUGUGAUUGUUCGGGUUCAUAUUAUACGACUCUUACUGAUACAAGAUUAUUGCUGCGAUCGAUGGAUACAACAUGUUGUAGUUGCUGUUGUACACCAGGUCAUAUGGAUGUUUCGAUAUUUUUACGCGAUAUAGCUGAAAUACGUGAAUCAUCAGACAAUGAAGAUUGUUGUUCUUGCUGCUGUACUAAAUGUUGUGCAUGUUGUGGAUGUUGUAAACGUUAUUGUGGUGGAAAAAAAUAUCUCGAAAUACGAGGUGUAUUUGGCUCAGAAAUCCUACAUGUAUCAAAAGCAGAUAUAUUAAAACUACAAAGUGAAAUUCCAGCAGCUGUUGGUAAUCAUAAACUUGUUAGUCACUAUUAA